CUUCAUCCCUUUCCUGCCUCACCUCCGCCCCCCUCUCUCUUCCCGUUCCGACCCCCUCCAAACCUCCUAAAAAUGUCUCCCACGCCCACUGUGAUUCUUCUGUUUCUCAUGGCGAGUUCCUUCCCUUGCUGGCUAAAAAUCUCGGUGUCCGCCACUGCGAGAACUGACGAAUCCCCGUGUGUCGUCACUGGCGACACGGAGCGAGGUGGCGAAUACGUCAACUGUUCCUCCAAGGGCCUGACCUCGCUCCAACCUAGCUGGUUCCCGGACACGGCGACUACUCUGAACCUUGACCACAACGAUCUGCACUUUCUGGACAGUGGAACUUUCAGGCGCCUCAAUAAGCUGAAGGUGCUGAGUGUCCGCUACUCGAACGUGUACAAAGUUCAGGAGAAUGCGUUGAUGGGACUUGGACGACUGGAAGAGCUAAAUCUGGAAAACAACAACAUUGAUUUGUCUCAGAUUCCUCCACGUAUCUUCUCUCACGUACCAAACGUCGUCAAUUUGUACCUAAAAGGCAACAGGAACGGGGAGACGAAACAUCCACAUAAAGCGUUUGCAAAGACGUUUUCUGACCUAAAGCAGUUACAGAGACUAUCACUGGAUAGAAAUUCAACUUUGUACUUGGGACAAGACUUUGCCAGUUUGGAGAAUCUGAUCUACCUUCAUAUUGACUGCUCUAAUGUAACCAAAAUAACGAACGAAAGCCUGGCAGGUUUCCAGAACGUGUCUCUGCAAGAGCUUGUUCUCGCUUCCUCAACAAUGGGCUAUGAAGUAGCUUUUGAAACUGGAGUAUUCCGAUACUUGGAGACAUUGCAAGUCCUCCGGAUGAAGGAAACGAGUAUUUCAAACAAGAUCGUUCUUCGGUCUCUGUGGCCCUUUGAAAACAAAACGAUGACUGUGAUCCAACUUGAAAGUUUGGGUCUGCAAGGAACAUGGGCCACCCCAGAGAAAAUGUUCGCAGACGGAGAUAUAAAAAAGGAUGAUGUGAAGUAUCUAAGAGGCAUAUGUUUUUUACAACUGAUUUGGAACAAGUGCAGCAUUGGGUCCAUGGACUCUCGUGGAUUUGAUGGCCCAUCCAACAUGAAGAGAUGCGUGAGAAGUCUGCAGUUUACCAAGCAGUUGUUAGGAAGGCUACAUCAACAAAGAGUUCUACUUUUGAAUAUAUUUCAGUUCCAAAGACUUGAGGAGCUACAAUACGGUGGGUUUGAAUGGUGUGGGCCAGAUAUUCACUUCAAACUGUCUAGUUAUCAAAAUGUGAGCAGUGAAUAUCAAACGAGCUCAGAACAUUUUGAAACUUUCAAAGGCGAAACUAUGUUGACCUCAAGUAAAAUCCACGAUCGUUUGAACAGUGACAAAAAGGCCACGGUAUUUCAAAGACGCCACUUUUCACAUUUGAAACCCGUGCCGCAAACUUCGACCGCUUUAGACAAAUCUGCGUUUUCAAUUAAAAUUCCCAAAACACUCAAACAGUGCAUAUUUUUCGGUUCCUUGGGUGUUUUUCCAAUACACAACUUUCAUGUGUGGGGAGGAGAAAACUUUCGAGAAUUCCGCUAUGUCAGCAGUUCUCGACUGGAAAUGUACGGGAUUAUAACAGGACUUGAAAACACGACACUCGUGGACAUCACAAGAUCGGAGGUGAAACGUUUCAUAAGAGUAAACUUUUUUAAAAUGUUUCCAAAUGCGCAGACUAUCAUUUUGAAUUCUUUGGCCAGCAAAGACUUUCUUCAUUUAAUCUUUGACGAACGAUGGUUCGAUGCAACCCCGAAACUUGAGCACGUCGAGGUGAGUGACAAUCGUCUCCACUCUUUCCCCCGACGCACAUUUUCCACCAACUGGAAACUGACCACUGUAGUACUGACACAAAACAAAUUCACUUCUCUGGGACUCGACGUUUCUAACAUGCCCGCGCUGAAGGUCCUGGACUUACGUCACAAUGCCAUCUCCACCCUGGAGCAGCAGGAAAUGACGGCUUUGGACAAACAUCCUCAGACGAAAGCCCACGGACUUUCCCUCUUACUUGGCGGGAACCCAAUACACUGCCUCUGCUCUCGACUUUCGUUUUUAA